UAAAGAAAAGAAAGAAAUUUGGGACGCUUGCUUUCUUAAGCGGCUUUAAUAAACAACUAAUCCCAGCAAGAGGUGGAAAUGCUGCCAUCCACGGGUCUCUUUAAGGGCUUCCUGUGCCCGUACUUCGACGGCCAGGAUGCGGCGACCUGCAAGCGUCCCUUUUGUCACUUUAAGCAUGUCCGCAAAGACGAGGUGGAGGCCGCUCCGCCUGCUGAACCCCCACCCGUGCCCGAGUACAAGCCGGCGCCCAAGCUGCUCUCUCUUCCACUGCCCCAGAUCACGCUAUGUGCGCCCCGGAAAAAGUCCAAUCUGGAGUACCACCCGGAGAAGCCGGCUCUGAACGCCUCGCCGGCGAAGAAGAAGCCGGAGGCGGUCGUGGACAGUGCUCCCAAAUAUGUGCCCGGCCAGCCCUCAGCUGCAAAUGGUGAAGGAGAUAACGAUUGGCAGGCGAUUCUCGAAAAGGAAAUUGAUGAGCAGAUGCAGGUGGAGAUCGAGGACCAUGACCAGAAUAACGACGAAGAAGAGAAGAUGGAAAUAAUGUCUGAAAACGAGGAGGAAGAGCAUGAAGAGCAGCUAAAUGAUGUCAAGGACAGCCACAAAAAUGAACAUAAGCCGAGCAAGGAGCGGGAAAGGGAUAAAGAAAAGGAAAAGGUCAGAGAGCUGGAAAAGGAAAAGCUCAAAGACAGGGAUCGGGAUCGGGAUCGGGAAAAAGACAAAGAGAAGAGCAAGGAUAAGGACAGGGACAGAGAAAAGGAGAAAAAGGAUAAGGAUAAGGAUAAGCGAAAGUCAUCCCACAGCGACAAAGAGCGCUCCAAGGAGCGGCACACCUCGAGCUCAAGUUCCUCUAAGCACAAGUCUUCCUCCAGCUCCUCUUCCAGCAAAAAGUCAUCCAGCAGCGAUAAGCACCGCGACGAGAAAAGUUCCAGCAGCAGGCACAAGAGCAGUUCCUCAUCAUCCGCCUCGAAGAGUCAUCAUCACAAAUCCAGUUCCUCUAGUUCACGGUCCAAGUCUAAGAGCAGCUCGUCAUCGAGCAAGAACACUAGCUCUUCGAAGAGCGAACCGGAAGCGGAUAAAGAUAAGGAGGCUGAAGCUACCGCGCUGACAACGGCGGAACCAAAGGAUGAUCUGGAUGACCUGGACUUCGAUUUUGAAGCAGAUACCUCGGAAGGAGAAAUUGUUCGUCAGUGCGAAAUGAUUUUUGACGAAAUGGAAAAAAAAUUCGCGCAGAUGCACAAGGACGAAGGCGGCGAAGCCAACCCGGAGAGUUCUCGUAAGCGGAAAGCUCCUUCGCCGGACAUUGAUACCUUCACAGAGGCGGCCACAGCGGCUCUGCAGAAGCGCCGGGUGGCCCACGAGAACGCUGACAAGGUCAAGCCACAUUUGGCUCCUUCGGUUGCGAUGCGCAAACCCAAUCACAUCCGUAAUGCCAUGCAGGCGAUCUUCGACCGGCGAGCGGAACUGCGGCGCCAGGAGAAGCUGCAAGCCGAAGCCGCUGCGGAGCAGCUACGUCAGGCACAGGAGCGGGUGCGCCAAGCGCAGGAGGAACUACGUCAGGCCAAGGUCAACUCCAACCUCACGCCCCUUAUUCCGCGAAGUGCAUUGACCCCACCAGUGCGUUCAGCCCGCAGCAUAGCACCUGUGGCCAACAUUGUGGCCAUCGCUCGGGCCAAAAAGAAGAUCGAAGAGCUGCAGGCCGAGAAGAAGCCAGCUUUCACGCCUGCACAAUCCUUCAAGGGCGCCGGCCGAGUGGCGCACAAGCCCACUGCUGCGCUAGACAAAUCGGCUCCCGUGUCCAACGCGGAGAAGCCAACCGUCCUAGAUCCCAGCAGCUCGAAGAUAUCCUAUAACGUGCGCAUACAGUAUUACGAGAUGAUGGUGAAGCACUGCACCAUCAUUUAUCCGCAGCUGGCAGAUGCCUGGGAGCGCGCCCAGGUGGAGGAACUAGCCGUCUUCAAAAAGUGCAACACGCCUGCCAUCUACAAGAACAGCUGCAUGCUGGCGAUUAACAAGCUCCGCAAGGAGGCAAUCGAGGCAGGAAACAGGCCGAGCGUGGCCAGCAAGACGGUGUCGCAUGAGAUGAUGCUGGGCGGCAAGCGGGCGCUUACUACGUCCUGGAGCGUUGAGAAAAAGGGAAAACUUGGCUCCUUGGGCAAUGGCGAGCCUUUCGAUGCUUUAGACGCUGAGAAAGCAUACGAAAUGGUCUUCGAUCUGCGCCUGACGGAAGAGCAGCUGGUGGAGAACGGCUAUCCGCGUCCGGGCGAGAAGCGCGGAUCAGCAGUGAUACGCGCCUGCCGGCCCAACCGUCGCCCCAACCAGAGUGAGCGCUACUGUUCCCGCUGCGGCAAGGUAUUCAGCUUGGAUAUAUACGAGCACCAGGGCUUUGACAUGUGUAACUACCAUCCGAAAAGCACGGGAUAUCGACGAGGAUUCACGGACAACCAGCAUCGAUGCUGCCAGCAACCGGCGGGCACACCGGGUUGCACCUACGCCAACUACCACGUGAGCGACUACUACGAUCCGGACAAGCUCACCUGCUUCGUGAAGACAAUCGAGCGGGGUGAAGACAUGGUGCCCACCAAGAAGGACAUAUUUGCCUUGGAUUGCGAGAUGUGCUACACCACGCACGGAAUAGAGUUAACCCGCGUCACGGUGGUGGACAUAAAUGGCCGCACCGUUUACGAUGCUCUGGUCAAGCCGGACAACCAGAUUGUGGACUACAAUACGACCUACUCGGGCAUCACAGAGGCGAUGCUCUCCAACGAGACGCGUAGCAUACGCGACGUGCAGGCGGUGUUGAUGUCCAUGUUUCAUGCCAAAAGCGUGCUCGUUGGCCACAGCCUGGAAAGCGAUCUGAAGGCACUGAAACUCAUUCACGACGUUGUGGUGGACACCUCGGUGCUGUUUCCCCACAAGAUGGGACCGCCAAAGAAGCGCGCUCUGAAAACACUGUGCAUCGAAAACCUAAAGCGGAUUAUACAGGAGAAUGAGGCCGGCCACGACAGUGCCGAAGAUGCCGAAGUGUGCAUUCAGCUCAUCAAGUACUAUCUGCGCAACAAGAUCAGUUGAGCUGCUACCGUGCACCAUUGCAAGCAUUCAGUUCAAAAGCAUUACAUACAUCUGUUAAUAUGUAUAUCAUGCCCAUCAGAAAUCAAAGCCUUAGCCCCUAAUCUAACCAUAUUUUGUAAAAGCAAACUGUAUAAAUAAAUCACAAUGCUAUGACAGCGGAAACUAA